AUGCAGUUUUUGUCAAGUGGUUUUGUUGUGAUGCUUUUUCAUUAUGAUGGUAACGUUGAUGAGUGGAUGCAAUUUCAAUGGAAUGAUCUUGUCAUUUAUGUGUCUGCAGUCAAUCAAACAAAAUGCUGUUUAUCAGAUAUUCAAUCAAAGAAUUUUGGGUUUACAUAUUGCUCUGGUAAUAUUUCAUAUUGCUUUAGAGUAUUCUCAUCUGCUCUUGUUCAAGGUGCUACAAACGUUUUCUGGUACGAUAUUAGCUUAUGUUGGUUAUACAUGGUAGAUUACAUGAAACUGGUUGUUGGUGGCUUUUGGAAUGGCUUUGCAUAUCUUCUUGAGGAUGUUGCUUUGGAACCCACCCGGUCCAGCGAGAUCUGUAUCUUUUACUUUCAAGGUUUCUUUUAUAACUCAGGUAGGCUUUCUGGUAAAGAAUUUUCAACCCCUGAAACAAUAAAUUGCAAAUUCUUCUGUAAUGUGUUGAUUCAUGCAAUUGACAAACUUGAGAGAUUCUUAAGGCACUUUCCCGUUUUCCCGAAUGCUUUUCUGGUUGUUGGUCCUGCAGACUUCUUUGUUAUUGAACUUGCAGAUCAGCUUCAAAAAUUGAAGAUGGAACCAGUAUUGCUCCAUUACUUUUCACACAUUAAAGUUCUCCAGGGCAUAGAGCUGAGAAUGGCCACAAGUACAAGGUUAAAGACUUGUUUGUAUAGCUUCACUUCUCCUGGUGGUCCAAUGUACCCUACAAGAGUUGUUCGUCAUGCAGCCUGGGAUGCUUUAGAUUUGCUUUUUCCAAUUGGCAAUAAGCUCAAGAAGUUUGCGACUUGUAAAUAUGUUACAUAUUUGUCAGGAGCAUGA